AUGGCAACAACAACAACACCAUCUGUUGCUCAACCAGGUAGUGCAUUAAAGAAGAAUUUCAACUCAUUACUAACCAAACCAAGACCACCAUUGAGACCAGCAAACAUUAAUAUACCAUCACCAUUGCAUAAACGAGCUAAAUUGAAUCUGGGAGAUCCUUCACCACGUAAACUUACAACUACAAAUCAAUCUCCAUUAGGAAAAAAAUCAACAACUGUUGCAAAUUUAAAGUCACCUUCCAAAGUAGCUACUACAACAACAACAAUUGAAACUACUACAGCUAUUACUAAAGCUGAAAAGGUAGAGACCCAAUCUGCUUCAACAAUUGCUCCCUCUGCUAAUGAUGAAAUAUCAACAACGUCAACAUUUCUGCCAGUCAAUUAUGAAUUGCAAGAGGUCAGUGAAGAACAAUCAGAACAAGCAAAUCAAGAGAUUAUUGAUCUAACGAAGCUAGAGGAAGAUAGUACUGAACAAAUCUCACAUGAAAAUAAAGAAUUGCAAAAUUCGACUAAAAUAAACACGGUCCCAACUUUGCAACCAACAACAGAGAAGCAUUUGCAUAAUCAAUUGAAUAAAUUACCAAAUCGAUUCAAUCAUAAAGAAACAGAAACCACAGUUUCUGUCAAAACCCAAAUACACAUAGACAGAGAUAUUUCUAUUUCUACCAAGAAAGUUGAAAGACAGACUCAACCAAAAAAACAAAAGGAUGUUGUAGUUCAGCAUCAACAACUUCAUAACCAUCAUAAUAACCAACAUCAAGAGCAACUGCAACAACAGCCGCAAUCGAGAGCAGUUGGUAGAUUGGUUGGUGAAGAAUUUCUUAAAUGGCAACAAACAUGGAGAAAAAUUAUAAGCGAAUCAGCAGUCUAUUUCGAAGGUAUACAAGAAUGUAAUCGAAAACAAAUGUCUGACUAUAGAAGAGCAUCCACGUUAUUAAAACUGGUCGGAUGUGAAAUAGCUCCCUUUUAUGAUAAUAAUGUCACCAUUAUUGUUUCAAGACGUCCAUAUGAUUCUAAUAAAACUUAUCCAUCAAAUGAUAUAUUCUCAAAUGUUGCAAAUUUUAAAAUAAAGGUCUGGAAUUAUGAUAAAGUAUUCCGAUUCUUGGAAAAUUUGGGAAUUAAUAUAUCUACUGGAAUUGAUGAAUAUGCAAUUAAUACUCAAAAUAUUUUACCUGCUUCAUUAACUACUGAUCUGACAAAUAACAAAAAGAGUAAAGAUAAUUUACAUAAUUUAUUAAAAGAUGAAAAAAUCUUUGGAUCAACAGAUAGAGAUCCAAAUGCUAAACGUGAUGAUUUACAUUAUUUUGGAAAGAAUUAUUUAUAUGUCUAUGAUCUUUCUCAAAAAGUCCGUCCAAUCGCUAUUCGUGAAUGGAACGAUGAUUCAUAUACUACAUUAAAUAUGACUUUGGAUGGUAGAUGUCCAUUUGUAUCAGAUCCUUCAGAUGUUAAUUCUGAACGACAAAGAUUAAGAAGAAAAAGAAAAUUCGAGGCUUCUCAAGAAUAUAGAUCUUUGUUGAAAAAGGCAACGUAUAAUAUCAUGAAUAACAUCAAGAAUGGUGGAGUCUCAAUGACUGUCUCAGGCUUCAGUGGGACUAGUACCAGUACGGAUAAGGCCCAUGAAGAAGAUCAUAAUGCCACAGUUAUUCAAAAUUCAUCUAGUUCCAAAAAAUUGGAAACCAAAGAAGACGAAGAAGAACAAGAUGAUUCAACUGGAGGAGAAAUUAUACCUGAAGUGAUCACUUCCCAAUCUAGAUUCAUCCAACCUCAUAUUCCACGCUUAAUUAGAAAUUCAUCUUGCUUUCAAUCCAACACCAAACCAUUUGAUAUAUUUGCUGCAUCUGGAUAUAAUGGUGCUUCUAAUGCCGUUCCAUUCUCCUUGGAUUCUAAUCUCAAUAGUAAUGCCGCGGGUGGUAAUGGAUUAGGACCAAUGGUUUCACAAGUCCCAUCGAUCAAUUUGAAUAAUCUAAAGAGAAGAAUUAUUAUGAAGAAAAGAAAGACUUCUCCACUGGAAAAACAACAAAAAGAUAAUCAACGUGAAUUAAAUCCAGGAUAUUGUGAGAAUUGUCGUGUUAAAUAUGAUUGUUUUGAUGAUCAUAUCCUUAGUAAUAGACAUCGUAAUUUUGCUUGUGAUGAUGAUAAUUUUAAGGAUAUUGAUGAGUUGAUAGCUACUUUGAAUGAAAGUAAAUCCUUAGGUUACGUUACUUAUAAUGGGGAUUAA